AUGCGCUCCUUCAACGCUUUACCGACCUCCCUCCUCGUCCUCGUAUCCUCCGCCAUCACCUCCGCCCAGAAGGUCGAGAAACUGCCCGAUGGCCUGAUCAUCGAACAUACCAGUGGACCGGUGGUAUGCGACCGUCCGACGAGAUCGCACGACAAGAUUGCCGUUCAUUACAAGGGCACACUCCAGUCAGAUGGAUCGGAGUUCGACGAGAGCUACAAGCGUGGCAAGCCAUUCGAGUUCACGCUCGAUGGGCACGAGGUUAUCAAGGGAUGGGAUGAGGGAUUGAUGGGCAUGUGUAUUGGGCAGUCAAGGAAGUUGACCAUCCCACCAGAACUGGGCUAUGGCGACUACGGCGCUGGCCCUAUCCCUCCCAAGGCGACCUUGAUUUUCGAAACCAAGCUCAUAGAUAUUGUUGAGCUGUCAGAUUCGCCUCCUGGGCCUUCAGAGACGCAGGAUGGCGCUCUUUCAAUAGCAACGGCACCGCCAAUACCGCUUGGUGAUGAGGACAUUGAGGACAUUGAAGACCAGCUUCUGGAUGAUGGGGAUGUGGAGGAUGCGAUUCAGGACAAGGAGGGCUUAGAUGCAGAGCCUACCACUUCAGACGACGCACCAACCGAUGGUCCUCCACAGCGAGCGCAAUGUCAUCUUUUGGGGCCAUUCGCGCUUCUUGUGCAGGGUGCUUUGGGUGCGCUGGCUCUGCUAACACUUGUCUGGAAACGAUGGAGAGAGGUGCCCAAGCGACCAUGGAAGAUCUUCUUCUACGAUGUCAGCAAGCAGGUCUUCGGCUCCAUGCUUACCCAUGUCAUCAACUUGGCCAUGAGCAUGUUGGGCAGCGUCGAUAUGGCCAACGCCGCCGCUCAUGUCGCUUCUAAUGGCAGCUCAGAUGACAGCAGCGGGCGAUCGCCGAAUCCGUGCUCCUUCUACCUGCUUAACUUGGGCAUUGAUACAACCAUCGGAGUUCCCGUUCUCUGGUUCCUCCUCAAGAUCCUCUACCACCUCUUCCUCCGCACCCCUCUCGCCAACCCGCCAGAGUCCAUCAAAUCAGGCAACUACGGAUCUCCAGCCAAGGGGACAUGGUACCUCAAACAAUUGCUCAUCUACUGCAUCGGCUUGGUGUUCAUGAAACUAUUCGUCUUCUUCCUGUUCCUGGCUAUGCCUUGGCUGCCAUGGAUCGGUGAUUGGGCGUUGCGAUGGACCGAAGGCAACGAAGCGCUGCAAGUGACUUUCGCCCUCUUCGUCUUCCCACUCGCCAUGAACGCCAUCCAAUACUGGGUCAUCGACAACUUCAUCAUGGACAAGAAGAAGGGCGAGGGCAAAGGGUAUGAGCAAGUCGCUGGACAGGAAGAGGAUGAGGAGGCUCGAAUAAACUUUGAGGAUGAUUCUGAGGUGACUGAAGUGGAUGGCGGGCAUGGCAAGCUCAGCGACGAGUCAGAAGACAACACCGCGCAGAAGAUGAAAGAGGUGGAUCCCGUGCCAAUACCGAGCUAUCCAGCACGCAAGAAUGGUGAGAGUAGCGGGAAACCCAGUCCCAAGAACGAUUGA